AUGGCAACUCGAUAUAGCCAUGAUUUUCCUAUUCGUCGAAGGGACGUUUGUGUUGCUGCAGCUUCCUCGACCGCUGGUGGCACCAGUGGAGACGUUAUUCUCCUCACAGGAACCACCGGAAAUCUGGGAUGCUACCUCGUCGAUGCUUUAGUGUCUUCGCCCGAGGUCGCACGUAUAUAUGCCUUGAACCGGGCGGCGAGGGACGGGACCCCUCUCCGUCGGAGACAGGCAGCCGCUAUGAUUGAGCGCGGGCUUGACGCCAAUGUUCUGGCCUCGCCGAAGCUCUUGCUGCUCGAGGGAAACAUCACCGAUCCUUCCUGGGGACUCUCACAGGACCUGUUCCAAGAGAUGCACGGGUCGGUCACGCAUAUCAUCCACAACGCCUGGCACGUCGACAUGGCCGCUCCACUUUCGGCCUUUGAACCCCUCGUGGAGGGCCUACGCAGUCUGAUCGACUUCGCCCUCACAACGCCUCUCGAACUGCCCCCACGCCUUCUGUUCACCAGCUCGACUGCGAUGCUACAACGCGCACCCCGGGAGCUGCUCGUGCUAGAGCGUCCUGUCCCAGCAGAGACUGCUGUAACCAGCGGUUACACAGAAUCGAAGUGGGUAGCAGAGGAGGUCUUAUACAACGCAGCAGCAUGCACAGAGCUGAACACUCUGGUCAUACGCGUCGGUCAGGCCUCAGGAGGCAAGAGCGGCGCGUGGGCUGCAAACGAGUGGUACCCGAUUAUGGUACAGAGCGCCGCCCAGCUGCGGUGCUAUCCCGAUGACCCACGACCCAUUAACUUAAUUCCAUACGAGUACGCAGCCGCGGCGAUACUCGAUUUCCGCAAGGCGUCGAACGCGACGCGCACAGUGCACCUGGUCCAUCCAAACCCCACGUCCUGGCAUAGUCUGGCGAGUGUCAUCGCACAGGAAUUUGGCGUCCCACUCGUGUCUUACGGCGAGUGGAUGACGAGGCUCGAAGCGGCCGCCGCGGCGUUGCCUCGAGACCCAGUCGAAAGGAAGAGGAAGCUGCGCAACCUCAAGGUGAUCAAAGUGAUUCCGUGGUUCCAGGGCAUGCGGCGCAUGUACCUUCCUGCGCACACAGCGCUGGGUUUCCCAGACGUGGAUGCGGCUGAGGCGGUGAGAGCUUCGCCGACGCUUGCAGACCCGAAUCUGCCGCAGGUCGGAGAAGAAGAUGUGAGGAGAUGGCUGUCGUACUGGCGGAAAGUUGGUUUAUUUAGUGAGGAACGUCUCGCGCGGUUAUAA